UUUAAUAUAUUUUUCUAUUCCCUUUGUUUUUAUUUAUAUUUUUGUUAAUUUAAUAUUUAAAUUGUUUUAAAAAAUCAACGAAAAUGACGCUAAAUAUGAAAACAGUGGACGAAAUCAAGAAUUUAUUCAGUUUUGCUGAUUAUAGUGUGUUUGCGGCUAUGCUUUGCAUAUCAACAGCGAUUGGUCUCUAUUAUGCUCUUAAGGACAGAAAAAAUGUUUCCAAUAAAGAAUUUUUGACGGCAAACAAGUCCUUAAGUAUGUUUCCGGUGGCGAUGUCUCUGUUGGCCAGCUUUCAAAGCUCUGUCACUAUUCUUGGAUAUCCCGCAGAAAUGUUUUACAGGGGAACACAGUUUUGGGCAGUUAUGAUAUCGGGUGCCAUGGCUUCUAUAAUAGCGGCUGAAAUAUUUCUUCCCGUCUAUUAUAAGCUCCAAUUUACGAGUGUUAACAAAUAUUUGGAGGAGAGAUUUAAGAGCGAAAGAGUUCGGUUAGCCGUCUCCCUCUCAUUCCUCUUGUGUACCAUUCCUUAUAUGGGAGUUGUCUUAUACGGACCUUCACUCGCACUCGGAUCAGUGACUCCUAUAAGCGUAUCGACAUCUGUGCUAAUUGUUGGCAGCAUUUGUACACUCUAUACAUCAAUUGUAAGA